CCGCCCGGGCUGGGGGCUCCGGAAGGGCGUGUGCGGCGCCUUGAUCACGACGGCUGCGAGACGUUUUUCGGACGCACCGCCCAGUCGGAAGGUCCCGAGGUCAGUCCGCCUGACCUUCGCCCCGUCACCUGCCCGCAGUCAGCCUCGCUGCCCCGGCCAUGGCCGCUCGCCUCCUUCGCGGGACCCUGCGCCUCUUGUGCGGCCGCUGUGCGCUGCGCCCGCCGCCCCCCGCGAGAUGUUCUCAUUCUGGAGGGGAACAACGUCUAGAAACUCCUUCUGCUAAAAAAUUAACAGAUAUAGGAAUUAGAAGAAUCUUUUCUUCAGAGCAUGACAUUUUCCGGGAAAGUGUAAGAAGGUUUUUUCAAGAAGAAGUGAUUCCUCAUCACUCAGAAUGGGAGAAAGCUGGACAAGUGAGUAGGGAAAUUUGGGAAAAAGCUGGAAAACAAGGACUGCUUGGUGUCAAUACUGCUGAGCAUCACGGUGGUAUUGGUGGGGAUUUGUACUCUGCGGCUGUUGUUUGGGAGGAGCAAGCGUACUCAAACUGCACAGGCCCAGGUUUUAGUCUUCAUUCAGAUAUUGUUAUGCCUUAUAUUGCAAACUAUGGCUCAGAAGAACAGAUUAAGCGCUUCAUCCCCCAGAUGACUGCAGGCAAAUGUAUUGGUGCCAUAGCAAUGACAGAGCCUGAGGCUGGAAGUGACUUGCAAGGAGUAAGAACAAAUGCCAAAAGGGAUGGAAGUGACUGGAUUCUCAAUGGAAGCAAGGUGUUCAUCACUAAUGGGCAGUUAUGUGAUGUUGUGAUUGUAGUCGCAGUCACAAAUCAUGAAGUUCACUCCCCUGCCCAUGGCAUUAGCCUUUUUCUGGUGGAAAAUGGAAUGAAAGGCUUUAUCAAGGGACGAAAGCUACAAAAAAUGGGAUUAAAAGCCCAGGACACUACAGAACUGUUCUUCGAAGAUGUACGGUUGCCAGCUAGUGCCUUACUUGGAGAAGAAAAUAAGGGCUUCUAUUACCUCAUGCAAGAGCUUCCACAGGAAAGGCUGGUAAUUGCUGACGUAGCCAUUUCAGCCAGUGAAUUCAUGUUUGAAGAAACCAGGAACUAUGUUAAACAAAGAAAAGCUUUUGGGAAGACAGUUGCACAAAUACAGACGGUGCAGCAUAAACUCGCAGAAUUAAAAACACACAUAUGUGUCACCAGAGCUUUUGUGGACAGCUGUCUCCAACUGCAUGAAACAAAACGUCUAGACUCUGCCACUGCUUCCAUGGCGAAAUAUUGGGCAUCUGACUUACAAAACCGUGUAGCUUAUGACUGUGUACAGCUCCAUGGAGGUUGGGGAUACAUGUGGGAGUACCCUAUUGCAAAAGCUUAUGUGGAUGCCCGAGUUCAGCCAAUUUAUGGUGGUACCAAUGAAAUAAUGAAGGAGCUGAUUGCAAGAGAGAUCAUCCGUGACAAGUAGACAUCUGCCCACAUCCUGGAAUCCUAUUACAGCUAAUCUGGUCUUAAAUCUACUCAAGAUAAAAUGUAACCUGGAAAGGAGGGAAACACUGAACAUGUUUUUAUAUGCUCUCUCUACAGAGAAAAAAAUCAAACAUAAAUGUAAGCUCAACACAGUGGAAGGAAAAAUCUAUGAAUCCAAAGAUUCUAAAAU